AUGUUGUACUCGGUUUUAGAAAGUAAAGAUGGCGGCGAUCAAGCAGAAGAGAAAGACAAGACACCUGCAAAAGACGACGAAAAAGAUGGAACAGAUAAGAAUGAGGAAGAAACUACAUCUGUGAAAUUGUGUCCUUCUCUUUGCCUUGCAUUUAUUUUCAUUUUCGUCUCCAUUUCAUCUGAACAUUGUCAGUGUCUUCUGUCCCUUCUGACACAGAAUGUUUGUUUUUCUCGUUUUACAGCAAAUAAAGACAAAGGAGAUGUAGAAGAGGGGGGAGAUAUCACACCUGCGAAUGAAGGUAGAGGGGAUAAAAAAGAGGAAGCUGCUGCAGUUGCAGGUGAAGAAGAGGGGAAUAAAGCGACAUCUGCAAAUAAAGACAAAGGAGAUGUAGAAGAGGGGGGAGAUAUCACACCUACGAAUAAAGACAAAGGAGAUGAAAAAGAGAAAGAAGCUGCAGCUGCAAACAAAGAUGAGGCAGACGACGGAAAAAUGACAUCGGCAAAUAAGGAAAAGGGGGAUAAAUCAGAGGAGGAAGAGGCGACAUCAGCAAACGAAAACAAAGGAACUAAAGAAGAUGGAGAAACCGCAUCGGCAAAUGAAGAUAAAGAAAGUGAAGGGGAGAAAGGGGAAACCACAUCCGUAAACGAAGACAAGGGAAAUGAAGGAGAAGUAAAUAAAAAUGGUGAAAAUGUUGGAGAGGAUAAAGGAGUCACAGCUGUCGUUGAAGAGAAAUUUACAGAUAUAGUAUCAAAGUGGUAUGAGUUUGUUACUGACAAGCCAUAUACAGAAGAGGUUACAGAAACGUAUACAGAAAAAGGAAAACCAGAAGUUGAUUAUGUGACUCAAGUGUAUGAAUACAUUACCGGAUCGCCAUACACUGAAACUUUCACAGAAGUAUAUACUGAACCAUAUACAGAAAUUGUGUACGAAUAUGGUACUAAGGCCCCAGAAGCCCCCGUUAAAUGUGGGGGGAGAAUUUCUGGAAUAUCAAAGGGAGAGGUCACCAGUCCGAAAUUUCCAAAAAAAUAUCCAUUGAACGUCGUCUGCAUUUGGAACAUAACGGUCUCAAAACGACAUCUCAUAAAGAUGCAAUUCCCUGUUCUUCGACUCGGAAAAGGCGACAGGAUUGACCUUUAUGAUACCAAGACAGGGGAGCAUAUUGGAAGAGCACAAGGUCACGAGGACGGAUUUGAAGAGAUAUCCCAACGUAACGAGGUCACGAUGUCUUUCUCCUCAGACGGCGAAUUCCAGGACGAGGGCUUUAAAAUGACGUUUCGCGCCAUUAAAGAUCCAUCAAAAUCUACAGCGUCAGAUAGAACCAAAAUACAGAAGAUUAAACAUGGCUACAAAACUGUAUAUGCAAUGAAGCAUCAUCUAAAAUAUAAAACUGGUAAAAAAGUAAAAGCCGAAGAAACACAAAACCCAACGGAAGCAACAGUGAAAGAAAUUAAAGCUCCAACCGAAGUUCCAGUCGAAGAAACAAAACCACCAACGGAAUCUCCAGUCGAAGAAGCAAAGCCUCCAACGGAAUCUCCAGUCCAAAAACCCAAAGCUCCAACGGAAUCUCCAAUUGAAGAAACAAAGCCUCCAACCGAAGCUCCAGUCGAAGAAACAAAACCACCAACGGAAUCUCCAGUCGAAGAAGCAAAGCCUCCAACGGAAUCUCCAGUCGAAGAAGCAAAGCCUCCAACAGAAUCCCCAGUUGAAGAAACAAAGCCUCCAACGGAAUCUCCAGUCGAAGAAACAAAACCUCCAACGGAAUCUCCAGUCCAAAAACCCAAAGCUCCAACAGAAUCUCCAAUUGAAGAAACAAAGCCCCCAACCGAAUCACCAGUUAUACCGACAAAACCUGAUACCAAAACUCCCAAUGAGGAAAAGCCUAUGGGUAACAAAACACCAACACUACCCUGGAAAUGCAAUUGUGGAGAAAAUAUUUCCGGAAAAUCACAUGGAGUAAUCACCAGUCCCAAUUUUCCUAGGAACUAUCCAGUAGAGAGGCUUUGCAGCUGGAAUAUAUCUGUACCGGAAGAACAUGUUAUUUUGUUAAAUUUUCCAGUUCUUCGAGUUGAAAAAGACUACGAUAUGGUUUUCAUUUAUGACACAAUCACCGGCGACCAUAUCGGAAGGUUAACUGGCAACAAAGACGACUUCCAGACGUUAUCUCCGAGUAACGAAGUCACCAUAUUCUUUUCCUCAGAUGAUUACAGGGGUGAUAUGGGCUUCAACAUGACAUUUGAGGCUAUCAGUCUCCAUCCCGCUACUGAAGCACCGACAACAAAAAGCUCAACAAGCACUGUAGCACCAACAACACCAGCUCCGAUAAAAUGUGGUGGAGAUAUUACUGGAGAAUCCAGCGGGGAAAUAGAGAGUCCAAAGUUUCCCUCCAACUACCCACCAGGAAUCACCUGCAGAUGGAAUAUUACAGUGGCGGAAAGAGAAAUUAUCAAACUGUUCUUCCCUGUUCUGUGGACAGAGGCUGACUUCGAUAAAAUUGUUAUUUAUGACACAUCAACUGGCGAGUACAUUGAAAACCUCAGUGGUCAUCGAGACGGAUUUGAGACCCUCUCAAUUAGCAACAGGGUGACGAUAUUCUUCUCUGCAGAUGAUAAGAAUUCGGAAAUGGGUUUCAAUAUGACAUUUGAGGCUAUUACCCCUACACCAGCUGAAGUCAAAUCUACUGUACCUCCAUUCCAGUGUGGAGGAGAUAUUUCUGGAAAAUCGGAAGGAGAGAUUGAUAGUCCGGGAUUUGGAGUUGAAAAUUACCCAAAGGACAUAACCUGCACUUGGAAAAUAACAGUUGAAGAAGGAAAGCUCAUCAAGAUAUUUUCCACAUAUGUGAACACCGAAAGCGACGCUGACAUUAUAUACUUUUAUGAUACAACCACAGGGAAACUGCUGGACAGUGUUAGUGGCUACUCGAAAAGUUUUGAGACUUUUUCGCUCAAUAACACCAUUACUGUAUUUUUCUCAUCGGAUGAAAACACGACUGCCACCGGUUUCCAGUUGGAAUUUAAGGCUUUUAGUCCUGCCACAGAAGCUCCUUUUACAGCAGCAUCAGUAUGUGGAGGAGAAAUAUCGGGGAAAUCCGAAGGAGAGAUUGCAAGUCCUAAUUUUCCCUCCGAAUAUCCAUUGGAUAUCAACUGUACCUGGAUUAUAACGGUCGCAGAAGGAAAGUUCAUAAGGCUGCUUUUCCCCAUUGUUCAAACGGAAAAGAAUCAUGAUCUCAUUGUCGUUAAAACGGGCAAUUAUUAUGACGAAUUAAGUGGUCGAGAAAAUGAUUUCGAAGUGUUUUCAGAGAGUAAUAAGGCAACCAUAUUCUUUUCCUCGGAUUCCAAUGUUCCUGAUAUGGGUUUCAACAUGACGUUUCAGGCAUUAAAUCCCAAAACAGUAAAACAAAAGCUUGCAGAUAAAGAGAAGGAACGAACAGAAUCAAAUUCAGAUCAAGAAACCCAGCAAGGAGAUGAGACGGAGAAAGACAGCACUAAAUCUGACAAAAACUUGCCGAAUGGUAAAAAGACAGAAGAGAAAAUAUCCAAAUCGGAUCAAGAAACCCAGCAAGGAGACGAGACAGAGAAAGACAACACUAAAUCUGACAAAGAAGUGCCGAAUAGUAAAAAGACAGAAGAGAAAAUAUCCAAAUCGGAUCAAGAAACCCAGCAAGGAGAUGAGACAGAGAAAGACAACACCAAAUCUGACAAAGAAGUGCCGAAUAGUAAAGAGACAGAAGAGAAAAUAUCCAAAUCGGAUCAAGAAACCCAGCAAGGAGACGAGGCAGAGAAAGACAACACCAAAUCUGACAAAGAAGUGCCGAAUAGUAAAGAGACAGAAGAGAAAAUAUCCAAAUCGGAUCAAGAAACCCAGCAAGGAGAUGAGACAGAGAAAGACAACACCAAAUCUGACAAAGAAGUGCCGAAUAGUAAAAAGACAGAAGAGAAAAUAUCCAAAUCGGAUAAAGAAACCCAGCAAGGAGAUGAGACAGAGAAAGAUAACACUAAAUCUGACAAAGAAAUACCGAAUGGAAAAGAGACAGAAGAGAAAAUAUCCAAAUCGGAUAAAGAAACCCAGCAAGGAGAUGAGACAGAGAAAGACAACACUAAAUCUGAUAAAGAAUCCCAGCAAGGAGAUGAGACAGAGAAAGACAGCACUAAAUCUGAGAAAGAAACCCAGGAAGGAGACGAGACAGAGAAAGACAACACCAAAUCUGACAAAGAAGUGCCAAAUGGAAAAGACUCAGAAGAGAAAAUAUCCAAAUCUGAUAAAGAAAACCAACAAGGAGACGACUCGGAGAAAGACACCACUAAAUCUGAAAAGAAAUCUGAAGAAUUGAAGGUGGCAGACAAACUUUAAUGCACUUCCUCGCAAAGAUCUAAUGUGAAUAAAGUUCACAGCGGAACAUAACGAACUGAGGUUUACGGAGACGCAUUUAAUUGGAGUAUUCCAAUCGAAAUUAUAUAUUAAGCAGAGACUGAUUGUAACAUGACCUGCUAAACACUGAAAAAAGUCACAAGAAUAGAAUGUGUAAAACAAAAUUGAUAUUGUAUAUAGUUAAUAGAAAACAUUUAUGUAGUACUUGUUGAAUAAAUUGCAUCGAUAA